UGUCCGCCACCAGGGGAAGCUACUCUCAGUUGCUGCACGCCGCGCAAGGUCACUGCCGAGUUUUUCGAACGCGCUUUUAUCAGAGAAGUUUAUAGAAUGCUUAGAGCUGUCCUUAGGAAGACUGCAAGACCGGUAUUGCAGUUGCAUUCUGGAUGCAGAAAAUGUUUUUCAGAUAUGGCAGAAGAUGAGGAUGGUGCACAAUCAAACAGGUUUGAAAAAAGUAUCAAUCAAGUCAAUUUACUUGGCCGCAUAGGAAGGGAUGCAGAAAACCGUGGCUCUGCAGCUCACCCUGUGGUCGUUUUCUCCUUGGCAACAAACAGUGUGCACACACGUAGUGAUGGUCAGACUGCAUCUCGUGUUGAAUGGCACAGAGUGAGUGUCUUUAAACCAGGACUUAGAGAGAAGAUUGCUGCCAAUUUGAAGAAAGGAGAUCGUGUUUUUGUAACGGGAGUGAUCCGUUAUGAUGAGUACACUGAUAAUCAGGAUAACCAAGUGCGGACAACGACAAUCCUUGCAAAUGAUAUUGUUAACCUAACCAAACGUUACCUGAGAGAAGAAAAGGAGGAAACAGUGGAGACAGGAUUUUGAUUGGCCGAAGAGAUGUUUGCCUGUUCACUAUAUUAAUCCUCUACUGUUUGUAUGGGAGCUGGAAAAGUGUAUUAGCAAAAACAGGGACACUAAGGACACCUUUCCAAAACUACAGACAGUUGAUUGUGGAGAUGAUAGGUGUCACAUUCCUGUGAUACACAUACACCCUUGUCUGACAGAUUGUUAUAUCAUUGGCACUUUAACUUCAUUGUGUGUAAUAGUAAACAUUGCUAGCAUAUAAUUUUUUGUUUUUCAUUAUCAACUUUGUGUGGCCUUAUAGGAUGCAUGUUGUGUUAGAGAUUAUGUCCACAAGUGACAGUUGGAGAGAGCAUAGAAAGUCUGCCAGAAACGAGAGUAGUACCACACUGUUCCUGCAUUGCAUACUUCACACUGUUCUGGCAUUGCUUACUUUACAGCAGGACCCGGAUAUCAAAAGAGCUGUAUAAAACAGGCUGUGUAGAU